CUUCAUAUAACACACAAACAAAAAUGUUCUACACACACAAGCACACCAUAGUAAUCCAUACAUAAAACUGUUUUUUUCUCUAAACUACAGGAUCUAUGGAUAUUGAUCAGUUGAGUUGUAAGAACUCUAACUAUAAUACUAAAUUAGCUGAUGAUCAUCAAGAAGAAGAAGAAGACGACGUACCCCUUCCGGGCUUUCGAUUUCAUCCGCUGGAUGAAGAACUUGUUGGAUUCUAUCUCCUAAGGAAGGUUGAGAAGAAACCCAUCAGUAUCGAACUCAUCAAGGAGAUCGACAUCUACAAAUACGAUCCGUGGGAUCUUCCAAAAGGAGGUAACUCUGGAGAGAAAGAAUGGUACUUCUUUUGCAGAAGAGGAAGAAAGUAUAGAAACAGCAUACGACCUAACAGAGUGACCGGAUCCGGUUUCUGGAAAGCAACAGGCAUCGAUCGCCCCAUCUACUCCGACGAUGGAUCCGUCUGCAUAGGCCUCAAAAAAUCUCUCGUUUACUACCGCGGCAGCGCUGGAAAAGGCACCAAAACCGAAUGGAUGAUGCACGAGUUUCGCCUUCCUCCUCAUUCCGAUAACCACAACAACAACAACAAACACAUGGACGAUAAAUCUAUCGCACUAGAAGCUGAGGUUUGGACCUUAUGUAGAAUCCUGAAGCGAUCUCCAUGUUACAAGAAAACGUUACCCGAAUGGAGAGACGUGUCGACGAAGAAAUCACCGCCGGUCGUUGAAACAAGCAGCGGAGAGUCCGAUUAUGAUCGGCAAAGUUACAUUAGCUUUCAGACUCCUGUGAUCAUGGAUAAUAAGCCCUUUGCUCAUACUCAAAAUAAUAAUCAUAGUCAUAAUCAGCAGUACCAGCACCGGCAUGUGACAAACACAAACCAGUUGCUUGUAGAGCAAGUAACGUCGCCUGUGACGUCUGAACCGCCAUUGAUGGAUGCAUCAUGCUCUAGCUUUUCGGGUCUGGAUGUUAACGAGUUUAUUAAGAAUGGAGAUUGGGAUGAUUUGAGAUCCGCGGUUGAUCAGUUUUGUGUGGCAGAUCCGUUUUACCUCAUGUAAUGCAGGGUUGUUGUUACAUUGUGCAUGGGAUAUUAUACAGGCUUGUAUCACUUAGUUAUCAGUGCAACCGUUUCAUGAUGAUGUUUUUAUAGUUGUAUUGUAUGUACAACUUUUACAUGUUUAUAGUAGUUUUGUUUUUCUGUAUGGUUGCAUGUUUUGAUACAUGCCUAUAUGUACACAAGCUUUGUAGCUGACUUUUUAUUAGAAUGUAAUGAUGAUUUUAACAGUUUU